AGAGGUUGGUCAUGACGACACCAGGUUUUGGUCUUCUUAUGCGCGAAGAGAAGGCGCGCGCAGAGAAACGUGGGCGCGAGACACAAGGAGCAGGUGUAUGAUUCAUCCUAGCCAUCAUCAUCAUCAUCUACCAUGGCCUCUGGUGAUAUUAAAGUGAAGGAGUUGGACAAGCGGGCCUCCGGACAGGCCUUUGAGGUCAUCUUGGCCGAUCCUUCUCCAGACAUGAAAGGAGACUUCCCUCUUUCUCCUCAGAAGAAAAAGGAUUGGUCUCUGGAGGAAAUCCAGAAGAAGCUGGAAGCAGCGGAGGAAAGACGCAAGUCCCAUGAAGCUGAAGUUCUGAAGCAUUUGGCUGAAAAACGUGAGCAUGAAAAGGAGGUACUGCAGAAAGCUCUGGAGGAGAACAACAAUUUCAGCAAGAUGGCGGAGGAGAAACUCAAUCAGAAAAUGGAAGCGAGUAAAGAGAACCGUACGGCAUUGAUGGCAGCCAUGAGCGAGAAGUUCAAAGAGAAGGAUAAGAAGCUGGAGGAGGUUCGGAAGAACAAGGAGAACAAAGAGGCGGAGAUUUGAUGUGCUCAAUCAGCUGGGUCGGGGGUGGUGGGGGUGUUUAGAAAAGGUUUUUUUAAAGAAAAUAUCCAAAGAUUUCGCACUUCUUUGUUGUACAUGUUCUCUGCUUUUUCCUUCUCUUCUUUUUUUUUUUUUCCAUGUGAAUUCCAGUCGUAGACUCUGAGCUGUUCUGAUCUGAUCUGCUGGGGUUGAUAUUGGCAGUAGUCGUAGCGUUUUGAAGGAAACAUGUUCCUGUUAUGAAUUUAAGCUUCUCAAAGUUUCUCUUGAUGCAGCCCACAGUCGUUAUGUGCUUCUCUGUUCUGUCUGUCUUCACACUGAAAUGAAGCUCUGGUCUUGAGUUGAGUUUGUGGCAGCUGUGGGGGUCUUGAGUCGAGUCACUGAAGAUUGGCCUGGUUUGCCUUAUCCAGGAAACCCCUCGUCCUGCUGUGUAAAUUACAGCCUCAGCAAUAUUUUAUAUAAAACUCCCUCUGUCCUGCAGUCUGGUUGGAGCUCCUGCAAGGUGAUGAAGGUUUAGUUUUGAAGCACAGGACGGUUGUAAGGUUCUACUGCAUGUAUGAUGACUGUUUGUUUACUCCAGUGGGGAAAAAUAAAUAAAAACAUUCCAAGACCAA